CAAUCUCCACAUGCAGCAGAACGUCUCGAGGCGGGAGAGAGGGAGGAAGGCGCCCCGCGAUUGGGGGACUCACAUCACGUGACCAGGAGAAGCCCAGAGGCGGGGGGAACUGCGGCAUCCCUGCGAGCUGUGGGGAUGGCCCGGGCCGGCCCCGCCCGACUUCCGUGCGCCUUCGGGCGGCUGCGGCCGCGCUCCUGCGGAGCGGCCCUUCCCCUGCCCUCCCCUCCCCUGAGCGCGAAGGGCGCCGUUCCCCUCCCGCGGGGUCUCCUAGUGCCCUUCUCUCCGCAGAACUGAUCUUCCUCCUAGCGGAGAAGUGGCGCCUGGACCCCCCGGCCCGCUACCAGGCGGCGGAGAUAUUCGACAGGUUUAUGAUUAAACAGGUACAAGAGAUGUAUAAUUCCACUGAAGAGUCAGGGGAAAGCGGUGAACAAGGACGGAGCCACAGCUGGAAUUCUUUGAAAGCACAGAUGCACAACACGUUUAUGCUGCGGCUUGUGUCUUGCAUUCAGCUUGCAAGCAAACUUUCCUUCCACUACAGCAUAGUUAACAAUAACACAGUUCUGAAAUUUCUGCAGUCUUUAGACUAUUCCUUCACUAAACAGGAAUUGCUGGAGUCAGAACUUGCCAUUUUGAAGGGUUUACACUUCCAGAUCAAUUUGCCAACUCCUUUGGCCUAUGUUGAGUUGCUCCUGGAAGUCUUGGGACAUAAUGGCUGCUUACUGUCUUUAAAACAAUUGCAUGAAAUGUGUGUGCAUCUGCUGGAUUUAACUUACCUCAUGCGCGAUGUUAUCUACAAUACAUUGCUAAAGACUUCUAUUGAAAAUUCAAUGCCAAAUGAACUCCAGAUAGCAAAGUUUUUGUCAGUAAAAGAAGAUUUUAUGCUCUUGGCAGCUGGAAUUAUUGGAACAAGUGCUUUCAUACUAAACCCUGAACACUGGAAUCAGGUUGUGGAGCAUUUGAACUGCAUCACUGGCAUUACCUCACAAAGCAUUUUUGAAUUUUUAUAUGCAAUACUAAAGCACAGUCUUGGCACUACACCCACUGGAACCAAUGCAAGAAGGAUGGAAUGAUGUUUUCAGGAGUACUACACUACUUAAUGGUAAACAUGGAUUUGUUUUUUUUUCAACAGCGUUCUCAAAGCCAGCAUGUUACUGGAAAGGAUCCAUCCUUUAUCAUACCAAACAGGGAACUUUAACUCCUUUCUGAUGAGCUAUAGUGGUUGUAUAACAGCCUCUGCAGACUAUCCCCUACCUCUCUUAUGGAGAGAGCAUAGCAGUGUCAUUUGGGACAAAAAAAGGGUUUUAUUAAAGGAAAAAACCGCAGCUAGAUUUUGUAAAUUUGCAGCUUGGGUGUCCUUUGAAGAAGUUCACAACAACUCGGAUUGGAUUGUCAAGGCCACUCAUAGAAAAGACUCCACCAUGGUUUGGGAAUAUACAAAAUGCUCAUGAUAAAUCCCCUAAUAAAAGCUUUGCAAACAAGGCUGUAUUUUCUUCCUGUAUAGUAGUUGUUGCAGAGUAACAGCUCUCAGCAUACUGCAGCAGGGGUUCUCAACCUCUGGCUCAGAGGACUCUGGAAAUUAUUUGGGAAGGGUAGGGCAGAAGCAAUGGCAAUGAAUAGUGCUAGUACUCCCCUACUGCUGAGUUCUCAUGCCCCACAGGCCAGAUGAUAUGACUUUGUGCACAGGAUCCCACCAGCAUGCAAGGAACCAGGGCAGUGGGGCAACAAGGCUGAUCCAGUAUGCAUGAAGGUAUGCAUAGGACCAGGGGGAAGGGCCAAAGCAUAUUGAGAGACUAGUCAAGACCCAUUCCACACCAUGCAUAUGGCCUAGAGCCCCAAAAGGUUGGGCACUAUUGUCCUAGGAUCUUCAGUACUAGAUACCCCACUAAUCCAGUUAUCUGUCCCCACAGAAAAUU